UUUGUUUCCAGGCGGGUCGCGAAGGCGAAGCGUCCGACGCGGCGGGGAAGCGGCCGUGAGGCGGUGGCUGGAGCCGUCCCGUCCUGAUGGCGUUCCUGUUCAGGAGAGGCCGGAGGGGCCCCUUCAAACAUAUAGCUCAUGGCCUGGUCCCUGCUGCUACCAUAGCUCCUAAACCUGCAGUUCCCCGCACCCCUCCCCCUCGUAGUCCAAACCCUUCUCCAGAAAGGCCCAGGUCUGCUCUAGCAGCAGCAAUCCUUGCAACAACACUAACAGGGCGCACUGUUGCUAUUCCUCAGCCUCGGCAGAGAUCCCUUUCUGAAAGCGACUCCACCUACUUGGAACAAGAAUGUUUUGAGCCAUAUGCAACAGUCACAGAGCUCAGAAUAGGAUCUAACUGGAAACUUGAUGGUUGUGACGGAUCUCCUCUACAGUCCCUGGAAAUAUCAGGCAAUUAUGGUGAAGAUGAGGACAUGGAUACAUAUCUUUCAGAUGCUGAUAAAGAGGCAGAGUCCAGCUGUCAGAGUAAUGACAAAAGGCAAGGAAGCUUUAGCAGCAAUGCUGUUUAUGCUGUUCCCUGCAAAACUAAAAAGGAGGAGCUCCCACCAUCUCCUAUUCCUAAUGCUGACAAGAAAGAGGUUUCUUCCCAUGAAACUGAGUGUCAGGUGGUGGUGGAUAAGUCAGGUGUGCAAACAGAAGAAAACCAAAAUCUGGGCUUGAAUUUAAAGGAGGAAAAAUUAGUAACUGAAAAUCUGAUACAUGACAAACCUCCACCAUCCCCAGAUGUGUCUGUUCGGGCAAGGCAAGUAUGGGAAAACAUAAGCAAAGAAAAGUUCAGAGAGCUAAAACAAGAAAACUGGUCUCUGAACAAGGCAUACCAAGCUCUGGCCCAGCAAUUGGAGGGAACAAAACAGCACAUGGAAGAACAGCAGUUAAAGCUGAAGAAACUAGAAGAAGAAAACAAAAGACUUAAAGAAGCUGUAGAGAACUCACAUAGAGAAGGGGAGGCAACAGAAUUGCUUUCUCUCAGACAGCAAGCUCAAGAGCUGGUAGAUGAAAAUGAUGCUUUGAAAACAAUGGUCCAUCGUUUAAAUGUAGAAUUAAGUCGCUAUCAAACUAAAUUCAGGUCAUUGUCCCAAGAAGAGAAUGCAAAGCUGAAAAGCUUACCCAUGGAAGGACCACGACCACCAUGGCUGCUGGAUAUGAAGUAUUUGUCACCUCUUCUGUUGGCAUAUGAAGAUAGAAUUAGAGAAAAGGAAGAUUUUAUUCUUGAACAUGAGGAAGACAUGAAGAAUUUUAAAGCACAAGUUGAAGAGUUGGUGAAGGAGAAUGAAGAUUUGCAUGGGCAAUUAAAUAACUUCAUUACCCCUACAGAAUGGCAGCUGCUGCAAACUCAGGCCAAGCUGGUCUUGGAAGAAAAUGGAGUGUUGAUGGAGCAACUCAAAAUUCAACAAGCUAAAGCAAAAGACAGUCACAGGCAGCAUGUUCAAGAAGCUUCAAAGUUGACCAAACAAAUAGUAGCCUUAGAAGAUAAGAAAAAGAGUCAAGAGGAAGAAAUAACAGAGUACCAGAAGCAGCUAGCAGCUCUGUGUUCUACAUGUGAGGAGCUGAAAGCCAAAGUGGAUAGCAGAAUAACAGCAGAGGAACACUUGGCUGUGGUGAAUGACUUAAAAAGCUGUUUACAGCAGGAGCAGGAGAAAAAACGCUCUGAGGUGGAAGCUGUAAUGGGAAAAAUAGCAUCACUGCAAACUGAAAACAAGAAACUGCUCCUAGAGAAAAAUAACUUCAUGGCUGACAAGAAGAUCCUGGAAACUGAGAUGCAGAUGACUCAAAAGACAAACAGACGAUUAAAGAAGAAAAUAGGUCUUUUGCAACUGCAGCUGGAGGAAGCAAUGGAAAAAGAAGUUGCAGCCCAUCACUAUCUAGCAAACCUUAUUGGGCUGGUGGAGAAGAUAGCUAAGGAACGUGAUCAUCUUGUAUUUUUGGCCAGAUGUUUGGAAAAUGAGAAUCAUGGUGUUCUCAAGAAAAUUAUAGAAGGCAGCCUGCGCUUAGGAAGAUUGGAAGAAAAAGUUAAGGCAUAUAAAAAGAAAGCAGCUGGGAAGCUUGGAGAUAUCAAUCUCAAGAUGACUGAGCAGGAGAAGGAAUUUGAAAGGAAGACUGCUCAGUAUGAGCAAGAAAAGCAGCACCUGCAGCGUCUGCUGCAAGACAAGCAGGAAACCCUCAAUGAGGUGCUGCAGCAGAGCAGGAAAACAGAAGGGGAACUUGAAAUCAUGUGGGAAUCCACAGCCAAAGAAAACAGGAGAAUGAGAGAACUCUUACAGAAAUCCCUGAGGAAGAGCAACGCAUGGAGUGCUGUCACAGUCCAUGAACCACACUCUCAGAAGGACCUAGUUUAUGGACAUGAUUUUAGCUAUUGUGAUGUGAAAACUUCAUCCCCUACUGAAAAUGAAAUCCAGCAAGAAUGUCAGUGAUAAGAAUCUGCAUCUCAACCAAGAAAGAAAACUUGGUGCCUGAAUUUGACUUUUCAGCAACACAAGGUGUUGCUUGCUGUCUUCAAUAUUAGUGUAUUUUUAAGGUUAUGAAAAUGACAACAGCAUAUUCUCUACUUGUACUGUAAAUAAUGUAAAUCUAGCCUAAAAUAUUACUUUGAAGAAAAGGCUAUUCAUUCUUAAGACAAAAUGUGGUGCAACUUCAAGUAAACAUAUAAAGUAAGUAGUUAACAGGAUAAGCAGCUGCUAAAGCUUGGUGUUCAGCACAGACAAGCUACAUGCCACAAAAGAAGGGAGCAGCAAGACAGUGCUUGUUAAAAUUAAAAGGACAAGUUUCAGUAAAUUCUCCCUAAAAAGCCUGAUGGAGUAUGAUCCAAGCUGAAAAGAAAGUGUAGCUUGUACUUUUUCUCAUGAGGAAGCAACUUGACUUCCUAAGAUGCAAAGAUGUCCUUAUACUAGAUGGUGUGCCAAAAAUCUUGUUGUCUCAAGGACAGAGAAACAUUUGACUGUGGAGCAGACAAGACCAAAACAUCCUCAUGUUGUGCCUGAAUGCACAACUGUCCAGUGUGUAGAUUUACAGGAUCCCUGCAGGUGUUGGGAAGCUCCUGCCAUGGGUUUGCCAAGGGGACGAGCUGCCAGCACAGAUGCAGCUCUCCUCCAGAUUGUUUUGUUCAUCCUGCUUCAGACUCAGUGGCUUCAAAAGCCACCCAGAGUAUUCUCUGAAGCAGUGCUUAUUGUAUAUGCCUCUAGAUUAUUGACCUGUAUUUGUUUUAGCUUCCAGAUUUGUUGAUUUUUCACAAUAUUGCACAUCAACUUUGUAGUAGUAUGUAUUACUGUGAUAUGACUUUAUUUUGGAUUUACAUAUAACCUGCUGGAUCAGCUUUUUGGUUUUGCUUCAUUUUCGUAACAAAGCACAAAUGGUACCAGGAAACUGUAACAAUACAAAAAACAUGUAACUAUCAUAGUUGUGUAGUAUUAGAAAUAAUGACGAAUUUCGUUGGCUUUGAUCAAAGUUAACAAAAAGAGCAGAAAACCAAGUUAAAAUACUAAAAGAAAUGCAUAGUGUUUGUGUCUAGAAAGGUUCCUGCAGGGUUGUCCUUCAGGGUAAGACCAUGACUUAGCAGAAUGGCUUUAUUCAGGAGAGGAUGGGGACAGCACUUCCUAUCACACCAUGGUGGUCAGGGACAGGCAGAUGUAAAACUUUCAAAGCCAGGCUCUGCAGUCCAGUGCAAAGCUGAAAAGUCUGCAGACUUUCAGAGCACUGGCAGAACCUCAGUGCACUCAGAUACUGCCCUGAUUAUAGGAAACCACCAGAGCAGCUAAGUCAUAUAUAUGCAGGCAAGAUGUUAGGAUGUACUUUAAUUACUUCCCUGUAAUAGGAAUAACACGAGUGCAACAGCCUUACCAGUUCAUCAGGAUAAACUUCAGCCUGCCAGAGUCUUUAAGACACUGAUUAAGAGAACUACUAAUAGCACACUAUCUUUUGGUCUCUGCCCAGAGACUUAACAAGAACUACACCUUUGAAUCCUUUCACUCUCCUGGCUUUUUCAACUUGAUUAUUUUCGGACUCCAUGCCUCAACAUAACAACCAGAAAAUCCUUUUAAGCAGAGUCUUAAAUAACUUCAUUAAUAUGUGAAAUUGUCAUGGGGAUGGUCUACCACUAAGCCAGUCCUGUCCCCUAUGUCCCUUGAAUUUGAAAAAAAACCUAAUUUGAAAUGUCAGGUGUGAAAUACCUCUUCAGGUAAGUUAGACAGGCAUACACACUCCUCUGGUUUCCACAGAAGCUCCAAUCUGCAGGUGUGCAGACUCUGGAAGAGCAGGGAACAUGGCCAUACCCACAGCUUUUCACCUUUUGAAAGGCAGCUUUGGAAAAUUAAGCCUUUCAUGUCAUAUUUUUUAAUUUAAGCAUCUCUUAAUAUGCAAAUACAAUCUCAGAACUGAUUUAAUAUUUACAGUGUUACCUUCAACUGGUUUUAAUUGCCCUUUUGAGUAUGUUUUAAGAGUUUGUAAAAAUAAGCAGCUUUCACAAGGUAAAGCUAUUGUAUUGGUAAUUCCUUAGAAACAGAAGCAAGAUUUUCAAAACUCUCAGUGUCCUAACUGUUCUUCCACUGAAGUGACCUGGGAAUGUCCUAGAACUGUACUUUUGCCACACCUGCUGCCCAUUUUCACAGCUCUUGUUUUAGAGUAGCUUUUAAUAUGUGGUUCAAAGGGCAGCACCUUGACACUCUUAAGGCUUUGUUCAGAAAUGCUACACUUUGUCAUUUGCAUAUCAUUAAAAUGACUUUUAAAUGAACUAAUAUUGUUAAACUUUAAAUGGACUAACAUUUAAUCAAAUCCCUGGGUGAUUCUUCAUACUCAGUUUCCACAGGAAGAAAACUGAGAAAAAGUUAUGUCCCAUGGAUGAAAAAGUCCUGUGACUCAGGAACACUUUUUUGGCAUAACAAAGAUCCUGUUUUAGGCCAUUUUAAAUACAUAUGAAUGUAUUUUAAAUACACGUGAACCCAUUUGACAUACUUGGAGAGUAAAAUACUGGAAUUGUUUCAGAUCAGCAAAAGUAAAUUUGAAACAAUUUGCCCAUUUGCAAAUGUGCCAAGUGUUGUACAAGUAGAAUUGAUGAUUAGACAGGUGCUUCCCUCCAGUUCCUUCCAAGUUGAUUCUCUCUUUUAUUAUCAGCUGAAAUAAUUGGUUUUCCUGUAAAUCUCUUUCAGAUGAAACAUAAAUCUUACGCUCUGUAUGUUUUUCAUCUUGCAUUAAGUUUUGUAACUGGUUUUAGUAUAUUUCUGUGUACAGACAGUACACAAUAUAAUGCUUAUUGCUGACUAUUGAUUUUAGGACUAGAA